AUGCGAAUACCGACACUCCCAGACCAUCACCACCACCACCAUGUCCCAGGACUCCAACUCGUCCUCUACUCUCUACUAAUAACACUACUCCUACCGAUUUCCACAUCUGCCUUCGAAACAACCAUCAUCGUUACUAUCACAGCCACAGCAACAGCCACCACAACCACCACAACCACCACAACAAAUCCCCAGAUCCCACAAGACCGCUCUUACACGUCGGCCUCCCAAUUCAAAUCCUCCACCCUCUCAACCACAAACGCCUACCGCACCGCACACAACGCAUCGAGUCUCGUCUGGAACGAGACACUAGCGAGCUUCGCAAACCAGUGGGCCAAGACAUGUUUAUGGAAACAUUCUGGCGGUCCCUACGGCGAAAACUUAGCAUUCGGGUACACGAAUGCCUCUGGCGCGAUACAAGCGUGGGGGGAAGAAGCCUCGAUGUACAACUUCAAUAAGCCGACCGGGUUUAGCGAGGAGACGGGUCACUUUACACAGCUCGUUUGGAAGGGGACGAGGGAGGUGGGCUGUGCUGCUGUGGAUUGUGGGUUGACGGAUCCGGAUGGCGACGGGGAGAAGAAAUGGAGCAGAGCGCAGGGAUGGUAUGUUGUUUGUGAGUAUAUGCCUGGGGGGAACGUUGUCGGAGCGAAUGACGACCUUGAGUACUUUCGGACGAAUGUGCAGGAGGGCAGUGAAGAUGUUGAUGUUGAUACUGAUUCGGACUCUGACUCCGAGUCUUCUGGGGAUGAUGAUGGUCCGAUGUGGAGUGGGGAUGGUGGAGGUUUACUGAGGUUGAGUAGCAAGGGGAUUGGGUGGUGGAUUGGCAUUGUGGUGUACAUGUUUAAUUCCAUAUAG